GUCCUGGUUCAAGAUUUUAACUGUGCGCUGCAAGAGAGUUUUCUACUUCAGGGUCAUAUGUACCUCUUUGGCCAUUAUAUUUGCUUCUAUUCCAACCUCUUCGGCUUUGAGACAAAGAAAAUAAUACAUUUUCAUGAGAUCACGUUAGUACGAAGAGCUAAAGCUGCGGCCAUAUUCCCAACGGCAAUAGAAAUAGUAGCCGGAGAAAAGAAGUACUUUUUUACAUCUUUCCUGUCCCGAGAUGAAGCUUUUAAGCUUAUCAAUGAUGGUUGGCUACAACACAAUGGUGCAGCGAAAGAGUCUACAGAUCUGGAGCCAAAAUCUGAUCUGAACAGUCAAGAUAGUGGAAUACCAGAAGGAACAGAUAGUUUCAGGCAGGCUACAGAAGGGGUAGAAUCCAUCGAAAGGAAUAAGGAUGAUACGGUACAGGAAGACUCAAAGCCCUCAGCCAAUGGUGAAUUUGAAAUUGUAUCAAAGCCUUUAGGAUUGCAGGGCAAUGUGGAAGAAGAAGCAGUUAUUGCUCAAAGUACUGAUUGUUCCUCUUCUGGGAGGUCCUCAGCUUUGAAGCAGGAGGAUUCAGAUGCACCUAGGGUCCCUGAAUGCUUUACACUUGUUGCAGAGGCCAAGUUUCUGGUUACGGUUGAGAAGUUCUUUGAACUCUUCAUUUCAGAUGACGGUGUUGCUUUUCAGGAGUCAUUCCGUAGAAAAUGUGGUGAUAAAGAUUUUAAGUGCACACAGUGGCGUCCUCAUGAAGAACUUGGGCACUCUCGUAAUUGGUCAUUUCAGCAUCCUAUUAAAUUCUAUUUAGGUGCAAAAUUUGGUGGCUGCCAUGAGGUGCAGAACUAUCGUUUUUACAGAAACAGUCACCUGGUGAUUGAGACAUCACAAGAAGUUAGUGAUGUUCCUUUUGCAGACUAUUUUCGAGUUCAGGUAUGAGCUUUAAUUUUCAUAAGGGUCUGAUUUCUCAUUAGCACUAGUACUCCUUGAGGUUAUUUUGGACGGGUUCUUGAUCUGUCUUGAUUAUAAAACUGCACUUGCAUCUAUCUUUUUUUUGCCUUUUCUUUUUUAUAAAUGAAAAACUGCACUUGCCUUCUAUCAUUAAGGUGGUGCACAAUUCAUGCGAGAUAACUGAUUGGCACAUAUAAUCGUACCAAGGAAAUGCCUCAUAAAUGGAAAAUUACAAGGUAGAUAUUGACUCUGAAAAUUAAGAAAGGACCUUAGGAAAUGCUGCUGCUGUCUUUCCUUCUCACAUUGCUAUCAUGUUUGUUAACAACUAUUGCUACCCUUUUGUAAUCAUCAGUCACUCCGUUGCACACAAGCCAAAGGGGUCAUUUGUCUGGGAUAUAUGGGGCUAGAUUUGGUGGAUUAACUUUGGGAAAAUGUUUGAUGGUCUUAAGUGCUUACUCUAUUUAAAUUAAUAAAUAAAAAUAUCUUAUAAUUAGCUAUAAUAAAA